AGUUUUUUGGUCACAUGAUCAAAACAUGGUCACUGUCCCUGUAUCUGUCUGCUUCCUGAAUUAAUAACGAAAAACACUUCAAAAUCACCUUUUCACAAAAUGAAAUUUCUUAUGAUCAUUCUCACAAGUCUAGCACAAACAGUUCUAUGUACUUCAGUUCAAAACUUUGCAAUCAACGACCCACCUUUGCCAAAUGAUCCAUUUCUAACUGUGUGGAACGCCCCCAGUGAAAAAUGCCUAAAAAAAUAUGGGGUAUUCCUGAACCUGACUGCCUUUGACAUAGCUGUCAACCCAGCCCAUCAGUUUAUUGGGGAUGUCAUGACCAUAUUCUACCACUACCAGUUGGGGAAGUUUCCUUUCUUUUUACCAGAUGGAAGAGCAGUAAAUGGUGGGCUUCCCCAGCUUGGGAAUUUGACAGCACAUCUGGAACAAUGUAAGAAGGACUUCAGAUCCUUUAUACCAGAUGUGACAUUUGGGGGACUUGCCGUGAUUGACCUCGAGAUGUGGCUUGGCUUGUGGGAAUUCAACUUUGGUGUGAGAUCAAACUACAAAAACAAAUCAAUCGAACUUGUGGAGAGAAUGCAUCCAACUUGGAACAAGUCGCAACUCGUAGCCGAAGCCAAGAUUCAAUUUGAUACAGCUGCAAGAAAAUACAUGGAAUCGACCCUUCUAUUGGCGAGAGCAGUGCGCCCAGGAGGACACUGGGGCUAUUAUCACUACCCCUAUUGUUACAACCGCAAAGUAGGGCAGAGUCAUUGCGACUUAAUCAUCAGAGAACGGAAUGACCAGAUGUCCUGGUUGUACAGGUCCAGUGCCAGCCUCUAUCCUUCUGUGUAUUUGUCCACUACAAUACCGGAUGCAGCCAGCUAUAUCUAUGGAACUUUAGAAGAGAGCUUCAGGAUUGCAUAUAAUGACACCACAUCACAUGCCCCUGGGGUGUUUUUAUACUCGACCUACGGAUACACUGAUCAGAGAAGUAAAUUCUACACAGAGGCUGACCUCAUCAAGACCUUCAAACAGGCCGCAGACUUCGGAAGUUCUGGUGUUGUUGUUUGGGGAUCCCACAACGACUUUACGAACAAGAGCCAAUGCAUCGCCCUCCAGGCCUACCUCAAUACGACACUAGGCCCAUUCAUAAAAAACAUCACAAACUACACAAGAACGUGCAGUCAAAAGGUGUGCAGUAACCAUGGACGGUGCCAGAGGAAGGAUUUGAUGGCGCUGUUAGAUUUGUCUGAAUCAAUUGCAAAGAUAUCUAAAUCUAUCGGAAUGCCCGAUGAACCAUCCUCGAGGUAUUUGUAUUUUCGCACUUGGCAUCAGGACUCGAUGGUGGAGUAUCUUCGUGGUGUUCAGUUAGAGUUCAAUGCAUUGUUUCAGAGGACAAUCAGACAGUUGUCUUCAUGGAUGGUCAAGUCUGACGACUACACAUGUCGGUGUUACUCUGGUUGGGGUGGAGAAAGUUGUGAUAAAAGGAUUUGAAGUUAUAUCUUCGUCCGUCUGGAAGACAAUGAAUUUUUAUAUCCAGCACAUUUUGGUAUAGAUAUCCAUACGAAAAAAUCCACCAAGUUUACGCUGGUACAAGCCUCAUUAAACAUGUUAAUUGUCUAGUCAGGUGGUGUAUGAAAAUGUACAGCUGAGGUUUUGAUAACCAAUCAUUCUGUUGACUGCCAUGGCAUGGAUCAAAUGCAUCCUUGGCAGUGAAACCUAUGUAACCAUCAGAUGAUUGCAGAGAGGAAUAACUGUAGUAUACUGAUGUCCACAGUCAAAUACUGUAAACUCAAUGAUACUUGCAACCGUUUCAUUUUCGCAUUUUAAUUCAAUAUUGCCAAAGUUCAUUGCCUAGUGCAUUAACCAUUACAUGUAAAUGGUUCUCAAAUGAUCAAAAAAUGGUGCUUAUGAUUUGUGACAAAUAAAUGACUUAAAUAGUUUUA